AUGCAAAAGCGGCUCAACUUACUCGUCUUCUCGGCUCGUCGCUUUUCGAGCAGUUUGUCCUUUUCCAUUUUUCUAGAAAAACAUCGAUAAUUCCUCGCGCAGAGCCGGUCGUCGAUUGGAGUUCGCCGGGAAAAGUGCUCAGUGUGGAGCAGAAGCAGUUCUACCAGAAAAACGGUUUCCUGCUCGUCCGCAACUGUGUCGGACGCGACGAUUUGAAGCGAUACGAGCGUCGAUUCAAUGUGCGGCCGGGAAAUGUGAAUAGUUAUCAAAAUUAUCGAAAUUUCAGGAGAUUUGCGAGCGAAAAGUGAAGCCGCCGGCGAGUAUGCUCGUGAUGAAGGACGUUUCGAUUGCGAAGAAAGUCACUCCUGACAGUUAGUUUUCCAGCAAACGCGCUCCAUUGAUAAGACAAAAUUUCAAAGCCACAUUGAGGAGAAAAUGCGUUUUUUUUUGUCUUCAUGUGAAAAUUUGCAGGCAUCGACACGAUCACAAAAGUGCAAGACUUCGCCGAGGAGCCGGAGCUCUUCUCCUACUGCAAGCAUCCACGUGUCACCGACGUCGUGCGCGAUCUGAUCGGCUGUCCGUCGACGCGUUUGCAGGCGAUGCACACGAUGCUCAUCAACAAACCGCCGGACACGGGCGCCCUGACCUCCCGCCAUCCAAUGCAUCAGGACCUCAUCUACUUCCCGUGGCGACCCGAGGAUCUGACGAUCUGUGCGUGGACGGCCAUGGAGAAGAUCACCAAAGUGAACGGGUGUCUGCAAGUGGUGCCCGGAUCACAAGUGCAAGGGCUCAAGCAGCACGCAUAUCCCGAUUGGCAGGUAUCUUUUUUCGAUGUAAAAAUUGCCCGCAAUCGCACUAUUUAGCUUUUUGUGCUUCUUCAGAAACUUUUUGAGCGAGAAUUUGCGAAUUUCGCUAAUACACAAACGCGCAAAUUUCGGAGAAGCGCACUUGCUGCCCCGCAAAAUUGCUCAAAAUUGCUCAAAAUUGAAGGGUGGAGUGAACAAGGCGUACUACGCGAUCAAGGACUACGACCUGUCUCUGCCGCGCGAGUACGUCGAGAUGGACGCCGGCGACACGGUCUUCUUCCAUCCGAACCUCUUCCACGGAUCCGGCGCCAAUCGAUCCGACGGUCAGUACGAGGCUCCGCCAAUCACGCUCUAUGCAUUUUUAGGUUUCCGCAAAGCGAUCUCGUGUCACUAUGCGAAUUACGAUCACACCAAGUACAUUGAUGUGAAGGGAACUGUGCAGGAGGUGGGGGACUAGGUUUCCCUGCGACGAUGGCCUCACUAUUUCGGUUGCAGGAGACAGCCCACCAAAUUGUGGAUAUUAUCCGAAAACAUCCGCAGAGAUAUAAGGUAAAACCGGGUCAGGAGGUCACUUUCGAGCUCUCGUGGCGCCUCCGUUCCCGUCCGGUUCAUCACGACGGAAAAGAGAAUUUGUAA